AGAAUAAAAUGUAUGCAAUACAAGUUAAAACACACAAGCAGACGUCCUAAGUCACUUUCUAUUUUAAGCUUGGGGUUUUCCAACAAUCAUAAAUAGAAACUUCUUGUGCAAUUAUACGCACUCUUAAUCAGAUGUAAAUUGUACAUGUGUUGGAAACAGAAACUACGAAACCCAAUUCAGAGAAGAGCACCUUAAUGGGAUUUAAGCCUUUACACUACCAGUUAUGAGUGAAGCAACCAGAUUGUUCGACUCGGACGAAGACCUAGACUUGACUGAUACAAAACUUCAUGCCUCUGAUGAGGAUGAUGAUGAUGAUGAUGAAUUAAUCAAAUAUAUAGAUUUACCAGGAAAAGUGACAUCGUCAGAUGGUAAAUAUAUUGAAAGUUUUGAAUUCAAGCCACUCACUUCACCAUCAACAAAAGCAAAGGAGAAAACUAAAGUGACACACAAGAAUGCACCAAUUGUCUUGUUGUCCGACACAGAAAGUGAUGUGGAAGAGGUUGAAGUUAAACGCGAGACCUCAUUCCUAAGUGAGCCACCAGACUACGAGAGCCCUGAGGAGGAUGAAAGGACGGACGUAAAACGUGCUGGCUUUGGAGAUGUGAACAAGGAUAGCUCGGGUGAAAUGGGAUAUAAAGAGCUGUUGGAAUUAUGCGGUCAAGACGUCGGUGAUGAUGACCAUGAGAUGGAAUAUGAUGAUAAUUAUCAUCAUGUUGAUGAUAGUGAUGAUGAAACCUAUUAUUCAGGAACCACAAAGAUCAAGACUAAAACUCACUUAAAGAGGAAAUCUCCGUACAGUGUGAAGGAUAGAAGUAAACCUGUUAAAGGGAAGGGGAAGCGGCCAGUGUCAGGGAUGCGCAAAUUUAAGUCGAGCAGCCAGGGACGAAAAUCACCAGAAAGCACAGGAACAGAUCAGAAUCUUGUGGUUGUUGACUCUGCAAGGCCUAUUUGUUUCGGAGACAGGCCGGUUGACCUUAAUGCACCUAUAGUUGAAGAGAUUUCUGUGAUACCUCCGCCACCAUUGAUGUGUGAGGCGUGUGAGAAGGAGACUAGCCAUAACAGUAUGGUACAAUGUUGUGACGGUCACCUCGACUGUAUGCGGUGUGUCGAAGCCUCGGCUAAGAAAGUUCUGGUCGGGGAGAAGAAAGGCUCUGUGGAGUGUCCUCAAUCGGACUGUACCAGUUCUGUUCCCUUGAGUGAAUUGAGAAAGGCUUUACCAGCUAUAGUCUUAGACCUGCUUGAGGAUAAGUGGAACAGAGAAACAAUGGAGGCACUAGAGAAUAUGAAAGAUGCUGUCAAAUGUCCUGGCUGCAACUACUCGGCAGUCUUGGAUAUGGCUGUAAAAAGGUUUCAGUGUCUUCAGUGUAAUGAGGCAUUCUGCCGUUACUGUGACAGGAAGUGGACUGAGCGUAAAACGCAUGAUUUGUGUAUCCGAACAAAACAGUGGACGUCAACGGUUACAGGCAAUGUUGUAAAUAUACCAGCACAAUGGUCAGAUCCUGACACAGAUUCUGUUGAUGGUAGAUCAAAGAGUCACACAAUUGUUGAAUUGGACAAAUCUUCGGCGGAAUUUUGUGAUGUUGUACACUUCAUGAACAAGGAUAUGUCGUCAAAUGUGAAGAAGAUUUUCAGGAUUCAGAAUGAGAGGCUGUGGGAAAAAUAUUCAUUGUCACGGAGUCACAUGGUAGCAGACCUGGGAGAACUUAAUAUCAAUGAGAAAAGAUUGUUUCACGGAACACAUAGUGAUGUCAUUGAAGCCAUAUGUAAGGAAGGUUUUGAUUGGAGGUUGUGUGGAAAACAUGGCACAGUUUACGGACAAGGUACAUAUUUUGCCAAGAGUCCAUGGUUAUCCCAUCAAUAUUCAUCAGGGAAUUCAUCCAGGCGAGGCAGACCUAAUAUAGGGGGGUCAGGAUUUUAUUUUAGUAAGCCUACAGGACCAUCCACGCAAUAUAAACCCCCUCUAAGAUUUGGAGGUUCAAGCAACUGGUACAUCACAGUCAG